AUGCACCAGGUGUUGCAUGGCGAUCCCGACGUGGCAGUCCAUUUAGAGAACGCGUGUGAGCCUUUCUACUUUCUCCCUACUAAACGGAUCGGAGCUCCCUCUACGCUUCAGAGAUGGAUAUUGAUGAUGAUGAUGGCGAACUUGAAGCACCUUUCCACCGUUGCCAACGAAGUCGUUCAGAAAUGUGCACUGAAACUGGACACUUAUGUGGGUAAAUUGGUGGAAGAGUUUGAAGCAGAGUGGAAGAAAGUUCCACCCGAAGCAAGCGGGAAAGGUUAUUCUAGGAAAUUUGUGGAAUUUUGCAGUGCAAAGGCUCUCACUGUCAUUUGCCAAAACAUACAAGAGAAGAUCACCGACGGAUCGUUUACCCGCUUCACCUUCGACAUGAUGCUUGCUUGGGAGAAGCCAAGCUAUUCUGACGAUGAGCCUUCUAUGGAGUGUGUGGCGAAGGAGAAACAAGAGAGAAAGCCAACCGUAAAAGUGACUCAAGAAGAACAAGAUGAUAUUCCACUUUUCUAUUCAGAUAUCAUGCCACUCCUUGUUGAUAAUGAGCUAAACGUUGGAGAAGAUGCAUUUGCGUGGAUGGCAUCACUAGUUCCAGUAGUUGCAGAUCCUGUUAAUGCAAGAUUUAGCUUUGAAACCCUAACAGCACCGACGUGGAACCGGCUGCAUUUUCCUGCGUACAACAAAUUUCUGAAAGAAAUUGACAAAUGCAUAAAACAUUUGCAAAAGCAAGCGACACCAAAGGGUGUGGAGCUGGCUGAUGAUGAAUAUAUAUUGCAUGUGGAAGGAACUGCAAGCUCCCAGAGAGUGGUGCGCCACAUUGGAGCAACAAGUUGGCCUGGUAGGCUUACACUAACCAAUUAUGCUCUCUACUUUGAGGCUUCUGGAGUUAUAACAUAUGAAGAUGCCAUUAAAAUAGACCUUCCAAAGAACGGGGAACAUAGUGUGAGACCAGCUUCCACGGGUCCAUGGGGUGCUCCACUUUUUGACAAGGCCAUAGUAUAUGAGUCCCCUGAAUUAUCAGAGGGACUUGUGCUGGAGUUUCCUGAGGUGACAAGCUCCACAAGACGGGACCAUUGGCUUGCGCUCAUAAAGGAGAUUAUGUUCAUGCACAACUUCUUAUCAAAAUUCAAGGUGGACUGUCCAAACCAAGCAUGGGAAAUGCAUGCAAGAACAAUAUUGGGAAUCAUAAGGCUGCAUGCAGCAAGAGAGCUGCUAAGAAUAUCGCCUCCUGCUCCAACAAAAUUCUUAAUUUUUGCUUUGUUUGAUGAGUUACCGAAAGGAGACUAUAUACUGGAAGAACUUGCAGAGAGUCUGAGGAAGAUCAACAGCGGGCACCCAUGCAGUGCAAGUUCAAUCCUGAUCAAGGAUUUGAACAUGUCACAGUCGAUCAUCUCUAGUAGUGUAGAAUUGAAAGAAGUUGGCGAGGAAAAUGUGUACACAAGUGGUCUUCCUGACAGCAACCAGUCCUCAUUAGAGACUGCUAUUAAUCAGGCUAGAGAGGAAGAAAAGGAUGUUGCUAUUGCCAAAGCUACCACUGAGGGGUUAAAAGAGGAAGGAGUUGCUGAAAGUGCCCUUGUUCUUAAGGAGCUACUAAAGCCACUUCAAAGUGCUUUGCUUUUGUUUCAAGAAAUUCUCACAUGGGAAAGACCAGCAGCUACAAUCUUCUUUAUUGCUGCGACUCUUAUAAUCACCUACAAGGAGUGGAUUGGAAAGGCAAUAGCAUGUUUGUGUUUAUGGGUUGUAGCAAAGAUGGUUGAGGCAAGAAGGAAAAGGAUAAAUGAGAGGUUGAAUGAGAUUGUAGUCAGCACAGCGUCCGAGCUGAGUACAAUGGAGAGCAUAGUCUCUGCUCAGCACGGAUUGCAAACUGUUCAUCUGGCGGUGCAGACAACAAACAUAGCACUUUUGAAAAUAUGGUCUAUUUUGGCCUCCAAGACUCGUAAGCAUGCAGAUAUGGUGAUGAUGGUGAUGAUGGGAAUAGCAAUCGUAGUAGCAGUGGUUCCAAUGAAGUUCAUCAUUAUGUUCAUCACGUUGUACUGCUUCUUCAUGACCUCAAAGCUUGGGAAGCGCAUCGGAAACGAUCAAGGGAACAGACGCCUGAAAGAAUGGUGGGACUCCAUUCCGGUUAUCCCUGUCCGCGUUGUAGACAAGCCUCUGGACAGCUCUACCGGAACCUAG